CUUCAUUUGUCUGUCCUCUCAGCGCACGUGUAAAGCCGCAGUGUAUUCUGGGUUGUGUAUGUGUUUUGAAGUAUGGAACGUGUUGUUCAUUCACGGAUUCCUUUAGAACAAGGUGCUAUUUUGGGAGUUCAGUCUCGACAUGGAAAGGCAGCAGAGGAUUUUACCAACGCUUUCAUUGAGAACAGCCUGCCUCGACUGAAUACUGUAGCCAUUGAGGAUUUAAUGUACCGCAAGGCAGUAGUACUGGAAUAUGCAAGACCAAAGAAGAAAAGAAAGAAGAAGAAAGCCAAAGGGCUGAAUGCCAAAGAGAGACGACAGCUGAAAAUAUUCCAAUUGAAACCUGAACAUCAAAAAUAUGAACUCUUCUUACCUCUGCAUGAGCUUUGGAAACAGUACAUUGUUGAUCUAUGCAAUGGAUUGAAACCAGAAAGCAACCCACAGAUGAUCCAGCAGAAGCUCUUGAAAGCUGAUUUCCAUGGUGCCAUCUUAACAGUGGUCAGAUCAAAAUGCCCCUCGUAUGUGGGUCAAACUGGUAUUCUGGUACAGGAACUGAAGCACAUCUUUAAAAUAAUCACAAAAGAGGACAAAAUUAAAGUAAUCCCUAAAAGGAAUAGUGUGUUCAGUGUGGAGAUUGGUGAUUUCAUUACGCACAUCUAUGGCAGUAAGUUUGAACUGCGCUCCAGUGAACGGUCAGCAAAGAAAUUUAAAGUUAAAGGAACUAUUGACUUGUAAUGGAGAGCCAUUGUAACUGUGAUACUCUGAAGAGGUGACAUCCAAUCCACAGUUCUUCUUCAUUAUGGACACAUUUUUAUGAAAUUAAUAUUUUUCAUGAAGGUUUGCCGCGGGACUGGUAUGCCUGUUUUUCCAUUUGAUGUUUUGUGUCCCAAAACAUGUUUUGAUGUUUUGUGUCUUAUGUGAGCAUUCAGUAAAAUGUUUUUAUUUAUUUGAGAUCUCCACUAGGUGGUGACAUAAUACAUUUUGUUUGUGUUAAAAAAAUAAUGAAUGACUGCACAUCUUAGCUAUAAAUUAGUCAGUAUAUAAGACUUCUUAGUUAAAAUGUAACUGAAUGAAUGCCUCUCAAUUCCUUGUUUUCUUUCUCUGGACUUUUUUUUAAACUCAUGUUAGUGCAGUGGUUCCCAAACUGGGGGGGUGCACGAGAUGGUGCAAGGGGGUUCUCUAGUUUUAUGACAUUUAAUAAAAUUCAUUACUUUUAUCAUAAAUUCUGUGUAAUCAAACCUCAGAAAAAUAUACAACAACAACAUUUAUUUGUAUAGCAUGUUAAAAACAACACCUGUUGACCAAAGUGCUUUCCAUUCACUACUUGCAUAAGACAAGGAAGUCAAAGCACAUCACACAAUAAAAUUUCCAAUGCAAGUCUCUCAAUGGCAGUUUAAAAACAGACUUCACCACUAUGAACAAUUAUAAGCAGCCGAAUAAAAAUACAUUUUCAGUAAAGAUUUAAACAUUCCAGCGAGUUGCAGGCUCUAAUAUGAGACUGUAGGUUGUUUCAAAGCCAAGGGGCGGCCACUGAAAAUGCAAGAUCCCCUUUAGUUUUUAGCCUGGAUUUUGGGACACUCAAUUUAAAACCAAAGGAUGACCACAACAAUGUAGUAGGGUCGGAAAAAAUCAACAUGUCAGCAAUAUAUUCAGGCGGCAAGCCCGUGUAAUCCUUUAAAAACCAUUAGCAAGACUUUGUAUUGUACUCUAAAUUCCACGGGCAGCCAAUGCAAAGAAGCAAGCACCGGAGAAACACUUUCAUAUUUCCUAGUGCCAGUUAAUAGCCUAGCCGCUGCAUUUUGAACUAAUUGCAGUCGUGACAACCGCUUAUUUGGCAGCCCCAAAUAUAAAGAAUUGCAAUAAUCAAGUCUGAAAGCAUGUAUAACCAUCUCCAAAUACUUAUAAUUCAGAAAACUCUUUAAUUUGGCAAUACCCCUAAGUCUAAAGAAACUGGCUUUCACCACCGCAUUUUGUUUAUUAAAUUUCAACUCCGAGUCGAAUAGCUACUUACCAACAGCACUGAAUUAUAUAAUUUCAUAUAUGUUUAAUUAAAAUUGUAAGUUUGAUAUUGUUUGGGAGACGAAAAGGGAUGAACCCUACACAAAGGGGGGCACUCUCCGAAAAGUUUAAGAAACAACUGGGUUAAUGUAAUGUUGAUUUAAAUGUAAUGUUGAUCUCCACAUCAGUAUUUUGUUUUAAUAAACAUCAUAUGACCUCCAAGUCAGGACUGAUAAGCAAAUAUCAUGCUUUCACAUCACAUUUAAAAACUUUUUUUACCUUAAUGGCUGAUAUGACAGUAUAUAGAGAUAAUUCACAUAAAUUAGGAUUUUUUUUACAGAAUGAAAUGACCGCCAAAAGUGUCCCAAUAUAUUGCAUAUAUUAGCAAAAUAAUUUAACACGCAGUGAGAGAUUUGUGUAGUCCUUACCAUUUAAUUUAAGUAUAAACAUAUGGUCAAGUGCAGUAUUUUCAACAAAAGACUUGGUUCAAAUUAUGCUGAUGGGAAUUCAUGUUGUAUCUGUAUUUCUUUAUGUAGUUUUCCUUUUCACAUGUGGUGAACUUCUUUGACUGUUUACAAGUUUUUACAACAGUUUUUUCUUAGUGAUACUUGUUUGGCAUUUUCCUUAAGCAACUUGUCAACGCCCCUUCUCGUAAUCCUCUUCUUCUAAAGUAGGGGCAAAACAGGUUGUGCUUGUAAAUUCAUAACUGUCUAAUAAGUAAAACAUUACGGUUUAUACAAAAGUAUAUCAUCUCAAUUUUUUUCAUGUCACAGUUAACACUAGUCUGAUUUUAUGUACUGAAAUAAGAACAUGGAUGUCAUCAUUCUUCUAAAUAAAUGGAAAGCAUGUA